GUUUGAAAACAAAGGAAGGAAAAUUUUUCAGUAACAUAUUAUUAUUAUAGGAAACAUAAUAUUCGGAAAAAGAAUCAGUUUGUGAAAAAUCUAACCCAUAAUGGAUGGAUAAAAUUUUCAUAUACAACAAAAAUUGAAAAUAAUGGUCACAAAAAACUAAUUUUCCCAUCAUAAUACAAGUUAGCAAAAAUGGACGCGUUUUUAAAUCUUUUUGAUCCUGCGGGAAAUGAUUCAGCUGCAGCAGGGAAUAGUGAUUGGACUAAUAAUAAUGAUGUUGCCAAUCGAUCAUCAAAUAUUAGACAUCAUCGAAAUUUUUCUGGUAAAUCAAGGGGAUCUUUUAGUAGUCUACCGCCAGAACCUCAGGCGGGAAAUAUUGAGUAUAAAUUAAAAUUGGUUAAUCCAACGAAACAUCGAUUCGAGCAUUUAGUUACGCAGAUGAAAUGGCGUCUCCGAGAAGGACAAGGAGAAGCAAUUUAUGAAAUGGGUGUGGAAGAUAAUGGAGCAUUAGCUGGAUUAUCUCAAAGUGAAAUGAACGCAAGUUUGGAAACAUUGGAGAAGAUGGCAUUACAAUUGGGGGCGACAAUUGGGGUAUUACGUAAACGUAUCUUGUUGAAUGGUCGUGUUGUAGCUGAAGUAUUAGUUCGAAAAAUACCAGAGAAUCAGAAUAACAUUGAUGUACGUGUAGCUGUGAUGGGAGGCGCUGAUGCUGGUAAAUCUACUCUGUUGGGUGUGUUGACACAAGGACAAUUGGAUAAUGGUCGUGGUCGUGCCCGAUUGAAUAUGUUUCGACAUUUACAUGAAGUACAAUCUGGUCGUACUUCGUCUAUUUCGCACGAGAUACUUGGCUUCGAUUCUGAGGGUCAAGUAAUCAAUUACAGUUAUUCGGAGUUAAUGACUGCUGAAGAGAUUUGUGAGGCUUCAACAAAAUUGAUUACAUUUUUGGAUUUGGCUGGACAUCGAAAGUAUAUUCGUACCACAGUUUUGGGUUUAACUGGAUAUUCGCCCCAUCACGUUAUGCUUGUGGUUUCUGGCAGUGCUGGAAUUUUGUCAACAACACAGGAACAUCUUGCCCUAGCCAAAGCAUUAGAUGUACCAUUGUUUAUAGUGGUAUCCAAGAUAGAUAUUGCAUCACCAAAGUAUGUCCUAAAAAAUGUUGAGCACGCGCUUAAAUCUGUAGGCUAUCGACGAGUCCCUAUGCUUAUCAAAAAUGAUGACGAUGUUAUCACAGCUGGUGCAAAUCAAUUGACCGGGAACAUCGUGCCAAUAUUUUGUGUGUCAAGUGUCAACGGUGAUGGGUUGGAAUUACUGAAAAAGUUCUUGCAUGUUCUACCGCCCGGUAUUAGUCUAAAAGAGCGCGAUAAACUCGAACAAAAAGCGGCUGAUUUUCAAAUCGAUGAAACAUUUCGUGUGUCGGGAGUUGGUCAAGUAGUCGGCGGCUUAUUGGUUAGUGGAUUUAUAACUGAAGGUUCCGAAAUGCGUAUCGGUCCAAUGAAAGAUGGUACUUUCAUGCCUGUUAAAGUGCAUUCAGUCCAUCGAAACAAAGCACCAUGCCAGAUGGUUCGCGCCGGACAAAGUGCGUCCAUAUGCUUAGAUCGUCUGGUUCCAGGUCUACGGCAUGGGAUGGUGUUAUUGGGUGGAACACGAACACCAACCAGCACCUAUUUUUUCCAAGCUAUGGUCUCAGUACUUUAUCAUUCAACAGCCAUAUUUCCUGGAUUCCAGACCACUGUCCAUAUUGGAAACAUACGUCAGACGGCCGUUAUUGAGGGUAUUUUUGCAGCAAAUGGCAUCCAUACCAACGAACAAGCUUCGGUAUUGUUUCGAUUUGUACGCCAACCAGAGUACGUCACUGUUGGCAUGCGUCUGUUAUUCCGAGAAGGUUUAACCAAGGGUAUUGGUAAAGUCACACAAAUAUUUCCGAUUAAACUAAAUUCACGGGUAAAUGCUGGAGGAUCACCUUCAGGAUGAAUCCACGCUUCAUAAACCAGAAUAUUUUUUUUUUAAAUCAAUUAUUAAUGUAAUAAUUUAUAAUUAAUAUAAUAAUAGGCGUCGCGAGCAUGAGUAUUAUAUUUUGUUUGAAUUUCGAGAUAACGACGUCGAUACGUCAAUACCGACGCCUAAGUUUUUUUUUUUGAAAAACAAGAGAUCAUUAAAUGAGAAUUGUACCUGACUGUUUUUUUUAGAAUAAAAAAUUUUUGAGUAUGAA